CGAACAUGCUUGUACGAAUGACAUGAGCUUUCCGGAAUAUUUUGUGGACACACGAAGGAAAAUGUCAUCAGCGACGGUACCACUCUUGGACGAUGACACUGUGCCAUUUGGCGAAGAGGACAACCUCGAUGGAGCUCCACAGAAGAAAUACACGUAAGUUUGCUGGAAAGAUGUCUUUUGGGGUGAUUCUCUCAAGGACUUUGUCUUCCAGACAUCCCUACAUCACAUUCUUUCACCUGUUUUUUCGUGGAGCCUCGGUGGUUGUCUACAUGCUGUGUGGAUGGUUCAGUGAAUCCUUUAUUGCGAGCUUUGUGGCUGUUGUUCUUCUACUCUCAGCCGAUUUCUGGACAGUGAAAAAUCUCAGUGGGCGUUUUCUGGUCGGCAUGCGAUGGUGGAAUUUUGUCGAUGACGAAGGAAUAUCCCAUUGGGUUUUUGAAUCCAAGAAAAAUACCCAAGUCAGCCGGGUGAAUGCGCAUGAAUCGAGAAUCUUUUGGUUGGCUCUGAUUCUUUUCCCCGUUAUCUGGGCAGUAUUUUUCAUAGUAGCCCUGUUUGGGCUCAAAUUCAAGUGGCUCCUGUUGGUCCUGAUAGCUUUGGCUCUCAAUGGAGCCAAUCUCUAUGGGUAUGUAAAGUGCAAUUUUGGAGCUAACAAAAAUAUUGGAUCAGUUACGACGGAUUUUGUGCGGACGCAAGUACUGAAAAAUGCUUUUGAUAUGAUGACAAAGCCUACAAAUCAGCCUACUACGACCAAACCAACGGGGGUUAUUUAAGCCAUUCCACCUUAACAGUCAGUACGGAUGUGUGUGAUGAUAUUUAUGAAUCCUAAGCAUUAAAAUAAUUGUAAUUAUGUGAAGAAA